AUGGCAGACAAGUUUCUCGGGUUGCUGCUACUGUUCAUGUGCGCCUCGAGGACCAAUUCUUGCGACUUCGAACAGCUCUCUAUACUCGGCUUGCAGUGGGUGCACAAACGGAGCCCAUCGCUAUCGACAAUGAAGGCCGGACCAGCAUGGUACUGGACUUCGCGUAACCACCCCAGCCACGUACCUUCGGCGAGUCUCUCUCAUGAUUGUGAAACAGACAUGUUCAAUCAUGGUCAUGGCCGCAAACAGUGCGUGCGGCAUAUUGGCCCUCCCACAUGCUCGCAGUGGCUAGACGGCGCUUUCGCAGGAAGCCCCUUUAGACCAGCAUUCGGAGACUCUCCUGUUCAGUCAGUCUACUCUACGCCCGCGAUUCAACAAGAUGAUACUGGCGACCAUGUCAACGGGGUACCGUCGUCUCCCACACAGCGACAUUCAACGGAUCCAGAACCGGCGUCGACGUGGUCUUCGCAAAGUCCUCCACAUGCUUCUCCCGAGCAAAGGCGACCACCAUCUCUCGCAGAACCGUUUUCGGACAGCGAGGAAUCUGGUAGCUUGCGACAAGAUUCACCUAACCACGAGGUUCAUGGCGCGGCAACAGGUGCCGUUGUCGUCCAUGGCCAAGGCCAUCAGGUAGCUAUACCUGGUCGAUCUGGACCCGGAGCACUGCUUGCGGCUAGUUUGAACCCAGACUCUGAACCCUUUGUCCCUACUGGGUCGUCCUCAGAUCGCUUCACACAACCAGACUGCCCACGAGAAAACAUCCGUACCAACCAACAUGGUCCUCAGAUAGGUCCUCAUCUGGCUCUGGUUCCCCGAUGUAGAUCAAGAGAGGUCCUCACCACGACUCCACCACCUGCGUCUCUACAGAACUACAUAUGCUCGCUUCCUCUUCCUCAAGGCCGUGGCCAUGCCUCGUCUCUAUUUCACAACACAGAACUUGAGUUGAUGCACCACCAUCUCCCGUUCGAGCACAUCCCUCUCCGAUUCACCAUGUCUCCUCCUGCAAGUCUCCCCGUCUCGCCCGAUCACGGCCUCAUGAUGACUUCCCAUCGAGGCUCCUCUUCAGCCAGCAGUAUCAGCAGUGUCAGUCUCAGCGACGACGACACUAAGAGUAAUGCGUUCCGCGAGAAUGAAUGCUACCAAGCACAAAACGAAGAGUUGGCAGCACUCGUCAAAGACAGCAUACCGCUUCCGCUUCAUUCACUGGAGAAGACUGUCCCUCCUGCAGCGACGCUGGAAUACCCACGCCUCCAAGCCCUGAACCCAUGGGUGCCGUCUUCUUCGCAUCCAACGUCCACUAUCGAACCGUCAUUCGUACCUGUUUCUGCAGCGCUCAUGGCUCCGCGACGCCAAUAUCAAUUUUUCAACCCGAUAAAUGGUUUCAUUCCAGGCUAUGUUCCUCCCUGCGGCAUGAGGCCACCACCAGGACUUUUCCCCAUCGCGUACACCAACGGUAUUUCCUGUCAUUGCAUCCAAGACGCCGAGGUUUCCUCCUCUGCACCGCGACAAGUCCUGGCCACGUUCCACACAAACGGCGGAUGGCGCCCCGCCGCGCCCGGAACUUUCACGACCUCAAGGUUCGGCGCUAUUGGGGAACACCUUGCGCCUAGCAAUGUACCGCAGAAUCAUAUCUGUGCUGGCCAAGCAGGAGAGGUUCCGUUGAGAGGAUGGAUGGGCUGA